GUGAGCUGCAAAAUGUCAACAUAUUUCUAAAGUGCGACCUACAGCUAGCAUUGAACUUUUUUUUAUUGGACUAAGAAUCAAAUGAAGUUCUUUUAAAAAUGAAGGGACUUAAGAAUCAACGGACGGUGAAAAGCCUGUUGAUCACUGUGCUGAUGUCUGUGACCAUUGUCCUGAUUGUGAAUCUAGCAGGGACCAAGUAUCUCCAUAUAAAUCCUGGAAAGAAGUUCGGGAUUGUGCUGGAUGCUGGAUCGACAUAUACUUCGAUUUAUCUUUACCACUGGCCUGUGAUCAAAAACAACGGCACUGGGAUCAUCAGUCAGCUGUAUAAGUGUGACGUGGAUGAGGGGAUUUCCAGCUUUGCUAACGACCCAGCAAAGGCUGGCCAGUCACUCAGGCCGUGCUUAGACAAAAUGCUAAAGUAUAUCCCACCAAAGGAAUUCCAGGAAACCAACAUCAGUCUGGGUGCUACAGAUGGCAUGCGUUUACUUGAAUUGCAAAACCAAUCACAGUCCCAGAUGAUUCUUGAUGUAGUUCAGAAAACUAUUCAAUCCUAUCCUUUUCGUUUUCAUGAGGCUUGGAUUCUCACAGGAGCACAGGAGGGAGCCUUUGGGUGGAUCACUGUGAACUAUCUUCUGAGGUCCUUCCUCCAGUAUUCCUGGGAAGGUAUCUGGAUUCACCCAGGACCCAUACAGACCUAUGGAACGCUGGACCUUGGGAGAUUAUCCACUCAACUGACCUUUAUCCCAAAAGGAAACAUCAGGAAUAUGCCAGGAAAGAUGAAUAUCCACCUGUAUGGCUACAAUUACAUCAUCUACACCCACAGCUACCUGUGCUAUGGCCAACAGCAGUCCAUCAGAAAGUACAUUGCCACAUUAUUAAAGGGGAAAGAUUUAAGCACUCGAAUUGAGAAUCCAUGCUAUUUGAAAGGGUAUGAGAGAACGUUGACUUUGGGCUCCAUCUACGAUAGUCCAUGUAUCUCUGCCCGGAGGCCAUCGCCAUAUGACAGGACUCAACGUUUCACUGUGUUUGGAUCAGGAAACCCUGCUAAAUGUAGCCAAGGGCUCAAGGCAAUUUUCAAUUUCACAGCGUGCGGAAGGAGCACCACCUGCUCAUUUGACAGAGUCUAUCAACCUGCAAUUCAUGGGAACUUUUAUGCCUUCUCAGAAUUUUUCCAUGUCUUCCAUUUUUUGAAUUUAACUUCAGACAGCCCAAGUCUGAAUAAGGCCAAGAGGACAAUUGAAGAAUUCUGCACCCGGAACUGGACAGAGGUGAAUGCUGCAUACCCAAAUGAGAAGCAUGACCAACUAAGAGACUACUGUAUUUCAGCAAACUACAUCCAUAUUUUAUUAGUCAACGGAUAUAAGUUUAACUCCAGCACCUGGGAGAAUAUAGUUUUUGAUAAGAAGAUUGGACAGAGAGACAUUGGAUGGACUCUUGGCUACAUGCUGAAUCUCAGCAAUACAAUCUCUUCCAAAACUCCAGAGAAAAUAAGGGCUCAGUCUAAUAGCCUCUGGUCUUCUGCCUGUUUUCUCCUUGUACUGACCACCUCAUUGUCUGUAUUGCUCAACUUGAUUCAUUUUAACCAAAAAGAUGAAUCAAAAACGCAACCACUUGCUCAGAGUGAUUGUGGCUAG